AUGUCUUAAUAAUAAUCGUAGCAGAUAAGAAAUCAUUUCCUUGAUAAGAAGCUUAUUGGAACAUUGUUUGAAGAGGAGGAAAUAACAAAAAAGGAUAAUUUCUAUAACAUGGAGGCUAGAGACGAAAAGGGACAUAAGAGAUUUCAUGGAGCCUUUGAGGGGGGAUUUGAGGCUGGGUUUAAGAAUACUGUUGGUUCCAAAUAAGGAUGGGCUCCAUAGAAGUUUAUAUCGUCGAGAACAAAUAGAGGUAUUAGAGAUAAGUUAAGUUAGCAAAAUACAAUAAUUAAACAAUUAAGGAUUACAUGGAUGAAGAUGAUAUCGGAAGAUAAAAGCUAGGAGUUAAUGUUACGAUUCAACCAGAAUACGAUACCUUUGGUUAAAAUGAGAUCAACUUUUUACAGCAAUAAUUAGGAUCAGGAUCUGGGUAUAUUGAAUGCACUUUAAGUUAAGAUGGCUCUUAGGAUCAGCACCAGAGGAAUUGAUUUACAGAGACAAUAAGUCAGUUGGUUAUUAAGUACUUAUGCGAUUAAGGAAAUAAAUGAUCAAAAAGAGAAACACUAAUGUUGAACAAGAAAAACAAGAGCCUUCUUAAGGUCAUAACUUAAAAUACCUAAAUUCAACCAAUAACUAAUAUACAGGGCUAGGAUACAAAUAAAACAUAGAUACCUUUGGGAGUCCUUCGAAUCCUUUGGAAUAAGCUUUUUGGACAUUCAUUAAGUAAAAUGCUUCCAUUAUAAUUGAUGAAGAUGAAGAAAAGAGAAAGAAGGAUAAUAGGAUUAAAAUGAAUGGAUUCACCUCUUAAGAUAAGGAGGAAGAAUGUAAUUAUCAUCAUAAUAAAUUAAGAUAACAAUACAAUCGAGGACGAUGAUGAACCCUAUUAAAAUAAAAGGAAAUAAGUCAAGGGAGCUUUGGAUAUUGGAAUGAGAUUUACUAAAGACAUGAUUCCAUUAAGAAUAGACACUAAAGAUUACCUCAUCAAUGUUCCUGAAGAUUACGAUCCAUAUCAUAAGGCUAAGAAACUUUUGGAUCAAGGAAAGGAUUAUUCUUUUCUUUUUAUCAAUAAGACGAAUUUUAAAAAGCCUGCUUCAAGUUCAAAGAGAGAAGAAAUAUUUAGAGAGGAAGAAACUGGUAAUUAGUGUGUUUAUUGAAUUUAAUAGCUAGUUCCAUCAAGAGAGAUAUAAGCAAGUAAAAGUUUGUCAAAGGUUCUAAUCAAACAAUGCUUGUUCCAUAGUAGUAGCCUAAUCAAUAGGAGAAGAGUGAGAAUUAAGAUGACAUUAAUAUUUUAAAUUUAUUUCCUCAUCAACCUGAUAAAUAAUAGAGAUAUGCUUAUUUUGUUAGACUGAAGUUGAAUAAGGUUACUUAGGAACAAUUUUAAAUAGAUGAGGAAGAAAAAGUUGAUUUUGAAAGGCUGUAUUAAAUGUUUUAAGUAACUUCAAAGAAUGUCAUUGAAAAAAAACAAGAGCCAUAAAAACCAGCAGAAUAAUAAGAAAAACCAAAUCCCUUUUUGAGUUAAAGAGUUGUUAAGAGAUGGAUUCCUGAAGAUCUAUUUUGCAAGAGAAUGGGAGUUCCUUAGCCUUACAAUGACGAUGAGAAAACAAUGAUUGAAAAAAUUAAUGAAAGAAGCCAUCAAAAACCCAAUAUGGCAACUAAUAAUAGGAACUUCCUGUUUAUGGAUAAAAAAGAGUAACUUUAUUUUCUAAUCCUAGGUUUAAGUCUGGCGGUUUCAUGCAACCAUAAGAAUUUACUUAAUCUUAAGCAUAAUUUGAUCCAGUUGCUCUAGGCUUGCCAUUGUCAUUCAAAUCGCACUCAUACGAAAGAAAUCAACAAGAACGAUUAUUGUAAUUAGAGAAUAUGGAAAGAGCUCAAACUUAGGUGGUAAGUAAAUAGGAGAAAAGAAACAUAAAAUUCUCUGAAGAUAAGGAGGAUAUGUUACCUAGUAGAAUUUAAGAUCAAAAUAUAUUUGAAUUUAUAUUUGGAGAUGAUGAGGAGGAUGAUUAAUAGUGA